UUUUCGCGAGCGCGAGCGAGAUUUAGCGACCUCCUGCCUCCAGUUGUUGAACACACCUCAUUUGCUCCUCAUUCUUCCGGACUUGGCGUUCUCAACAACAACAACAAACAAACAACCAAACACAACAACAACAACGAUCCGAACACGAGGCAAGCGCGACCACAACAACAGAGACUCGAACAUUCACCCGCGCGCUGAGAGUCUCGCGCGCGCGCGCGAGUGCAAGCACAGAGCGAGGGACCGAGACACACGGAGAGAGAGCUAAGAGAGAGCUAAGAGAGAGCUCCGAGAGAGAGAGAGCGAAGAGAGCGAGAAGAACAGAGAGCGAACGAUCGAAAGAGAGAGAGCGAGGAAGAGAGCGAGAGAGGGAGCGCUCGCACGCGCGCAACAUCGUCCAUGGCCAUGCUACUGGAAAGCGGAGCGCAGUACCCGUCGACGCUAAGCGGGUACCCACCCCCUACCGCGAGACUCCAAGCGGGGGGCGACGGAGGCGGAGGAAUCGGCGGUGACCGCGGCGACUGUGGCUCAGGAAUGGGACUCGGUGGCGUCUUCGGGGACCCCCAUCACCACCAUCACCACCACCACCUGGGCGCCGCGUUCAAGCUGGGAUCGUCGUCUGCUGCGUCGUCGUCUUCGUCUGCAGCGUCGCACCACCACCACCACCACCAUCACGACAUCGCAGCGGCGGCAGCGGCCGCAGCUGCGGCUGCCGCCACGGGGAACGGCGUCGGAGGUAGCGGAGCUGGCGGCGGCGGUGGUGGAGUUGGUGGUGGAUCGCAGGGUGUCUUCUCGUCACAACCGACUGGCGCCUACGCUCACCCCUCGGGCACGCCGCUAGGCGGGCACGGCUCGCCGCACGUGGGCUCCUACGGGGCCGCGGCAGCAGCGGCGGUGGCGUUCAACUCGACGCGGGACUUUCUGUUCCGCAACCGCGGCCUGGGAGACGUCGCAGCUGCAGCCGCGGCCGCUGCUGCCGCCGCUGCCGCCGGCGCCGCGUCCCAGCACGGAGGCAUCUUACAAGCGUCCAUCGGCGGCGGUGGUGGUGGUGGUGGCGGCGGUGGUGUUGGUGGUGGUGGCCUCAACCCUCACAGCAGCCACCAUCACCCGCCGCCGUACGCUCACCACCACCCUCACCACCACGGGCACGCGGACGUUGGAGGGGGUGGAGGAGGAGGUGGUGGUGGUGGAGCCGGGGGUGGUGGUGGUGGUGGUGGUGGCAUCAUCUUUCCGGGACUUCACGAUCAAUCGGCGGCAGUGGCGGCUGCGGCCGCUGCCGGACAAAUGCGGCUGAGCAUCCCGGGAGGGGAGCUGUACGUGCGGCCGGAAGCUCACCACCAGUACCCUCACCACCACGCUCACCACCACGCUCACCACCACCCUCACCACGCUCACCAUCACCAGAUCGGCGCGGCGAGCCCGCGCUCCGACGCGUACGGCGCCGUGACGGCGAGCGCGUUGCACCCUCACCACCACCACCCGCACCACCAUCCUCACCACCACCACCCGCACCACCACCACCCGCACCACCACCCGCACCACCACGGCUACGGGCCGCUCAACAUGAUGGCUCACCACGCGGGCGCUGGGGCAUUCUUCCGAUACAUGCGGCAGCCCAUCAAGGAGGAGCUUGUGUGCAAGUGGAUUGAACCGGAGCCCGGAGGAGGAGGAGGUGGUGGUGGUUGUGGUGGCGGCGGCGGGCAGCCAUCGAAGCCUUGCUCCAAGACGUUCAGCACCAUGCACGAGCUGGUGACGCACGUGAGUGUGGAGCACAUUGGAGGUCCCGAGGCGGCUCACCACGUGUGCCACUGGGACGAGUGUCCCCGUGAGGGGAAGCCCUUCAAGGCCAAGUACAAGCUGGUGAACCACAUCAGGGUGCACACGGGCGAGAAGCCGUUCCCGUGCCCCUUCCCCGCGUGCGGCAAAGUGUUCGCUCGCUCCGAGAAUCUCAAGAUCCACAAGAGGACGCACACAGGAGAGAAACCGUUCCGCUGCGAGUUCGUGGGUUGCGACCGACGUUUCGCCAACAGCAGCGACCGCAAGAAGCACAUGCACGUGCACACGUCGGACAAGCCCUACCUGUGCAAGCUGUGCGACAAGUCGUACACGCACCCCAGCUCGCUGCGCAAGCACAUGAAGGUGCACGAGUCGAGCGCCCAGGGCUCGCAGCCGUCGCCCGCCGCCAGCUCCGGCUACGAAUCAGCGACUCCCCCCGCAAUGGGGGCUCAGCAACCCCCCUCCGCUACGGGGGAAACUUCCGCUACACCCGCAGCCCCCACCACCACCACCUCCUCCUCCUCCUCGUCCCACUCGUCGUCGUCCUCGACAUCGUCGUCGUCGUCCUCCGCAUCGUCGGGCGCGUCCGUCACGACGCACGCGACCAACCUCGCGCUGGGCAAGAUGCACGGCAACGGCCUUGGUGGUGGAUUGGGAGGAGGAGGUGGUGGUGGUGGUGGAUUAGGAGGAGUGUUAGGUGGAGGAGUGUUAGGUGGUGGAGGAGUGUUAGGUGGAGGAGUGUUAGGAGGAGGAGGAGGUGGUGGCAUGGCAAGCCCCUCCGUAUCGCUCGCCCACUCGCUCAUGGAGCUGAGCGAGCCGGCGCGACGCGUCCACGCUGAGAUGAUUGGCGCGUCGCUCAUUCCACCGCUGCCCGCCAACUACAGCGAGUGGUACGUGUGA